AUGGAGUUCUUCUUCCCCGCCGACGUCUUCGCCGCCUACCCUCGUCAGGGUCCUUCGACCCGCACCACCUCGUUCGGUGCUGGACCCUCCAACAACCCGUUCAGCGGGUGUGGUUUCGACAGCCACCCCCUCUUCGCCGACGCAUUCGUCGAUGCAAUACAACACGAACGCGCUGCUCACGCCCGUGCCGAGGCUCAACGCGCUGCCCGCGCCGAAGCCGCACGUCGCGAAGCUGAGGAACGUCAGGCCCAGGCUUACCUUCAGCACAUCCUCGAAGUGCAGCAGCGCGAGGCUCGACGCAGGUACCAGCUCGAACAGCUCCACCGCCAGCGACAGGAAGCUCAGCGCCGUCAGCAGUACGCCGAGUACCAGCGUCGCAAGGCCGAAGCUAUCGAGAAGGAACGCCAGCGUAUAGCUGCAGCUAGAGCCGCAGAGGACCAGUCCAAGCAGCUCUUCCUCGCUCUUGAAGAUUUGAUCUUUGGCGGUCUCAACUCUUUCUACCGUGCCUGCCAGCAGGAGGACGACGAUGAGCAGGAGGACGACGACAUCGAGCUUGCUCACAAGAACGAUACCCAGCAGCAGGCUCCUGUAGCCUCAAAUGCUACUCGAACCCCCACUGUCGACGUUAAAGGAAAAGGCAAGGCACAGGAUCAUGACGAGAAGCCGGACAUGGAGGUGGACACCACCGAAAACAACGACACCGUCGCAGCAGCAGCUGCAGCAGCUCUGAUGGACACUGACGAGGACCCUGAAGAAGUCGGACCGGUCCCUACGUCUCCUACCAUCGAGGCUACCCCUCCUCCGGCUCCAGUGGCCCCCCUCGCCAAAACAGAACAGGUCGUCUUUACGCAUGCUUUCCCCGAUAACGCCAGCUUCGACAAGUCGUCCAUCCGCGCCGAUCAGAUCCAUGUGUCGGUCGACGAAUCACAGCGCAAAGUCACCGUCUCUGGCCUCUGGAAGAACGAACCCGCCGCUUCUUCGGUGAACGCCUCUCCUGCUCGCUCUGCCAGCCCGACUCCGUCCGACAGUUCGUCUCGCCGUGGCCGAUCGCGCUCUCCCAAGCGAGCUCGAGUUUCGGACGUGGACGAGAACGGCGAAGAGAUCGUAUCCCCUGACGCGGAUGCAAACGAAGACGACUUUGUCGAGGUCAGCUUCACCCGCGCUGCUUCAGCUCCAGAGCGAAUCGAGAGGACUUUCGACCUCCCUUCUGGUGCCAACAUCGAAGACCUGCGCGCAGAGCUUACCGAUGAGGGCUUGAAGCUGUUCACCACUGUCUCCGCUUAG